GAAGCCAGUGCCAAUCCCUGGUGCAAUGAUCUCUACGUAGGAGGAAAUCAUAAGUCUCUCAGUCUCAGAGCUCUAGCAAAUUCCCUCAACCCCAAACAACUGGCUCGGUUAUUAUUUACAUCAUUUGAGCAAUUGUAUCUAGAUCAUGAAUUUCCGCAGAAUUUUUCGAUGGAUUUUUGUUAUCAUACUUAUCCACAUGGCUGUUCUGGCUUGUUUCUUUCGAGAAUAUAUCUUAUCGUUAUCUUCAACUUCCAUCUCAAUUUCUGACAAUGUGUCGGGUAAUGGUGAUCAUCAGGCUAUCAUAGAAGAGCUGGAGAAAAUGUGGCAGGAGAAGUUAAUCGAGGACCUGUUUCACGACAUAACAGUCGCUCCAAAUAUUCUACACAAGGAGAUGAAACAUGAAAAUUGGCAAGAAUCGGAAGAGAAUGCAGAGAAAGAUAAUAAAUCUGAAGUGGAAGCUGCAAAGAACAAAGCGGAUGGUUUUCAAAUUGAUGAAUCAGAAUACAAUCCAGAUGAAAACCUUAAGGAAGGUAAAUUUGACGAUCAUCAAGAAAUAAUUCUGACAAAGUUGAAAGAUGAUCAAAAUGCAGGGGCACUUGAUAACAGUGCAGAAUUGCAGAAACCUCCCGUCGUUACUUUGAAGCCACUUGUUAGCAUACAAGUUCAAGAUGCCAAAGAUACUGAACAUGUCACAUCUCUGCCUAAGCAGCCUAAAAUGGUUUUACUUCUCACACAGAGCCGUCACGGUUCCACCUGGUUGAUGAACAUGUUGGGAUAUAGAGACGAGGCUGUUCCAGUUUUUGAACCUCUGAACGAUGACAAGUUUCUGAAAAUGUACACAUUUUCUGAGGAGGCCAACGAGAUGACAUUUCCAGAAGGCUACAAACUGGUCAACUACAAAGACUGGAGAGAGGUCUACUUAGCAAGGAUAUGUAUCUGUGAUUGGCACGGAAAUAAAAUACCUGAGAAAAAUUAUUUUGGGUCUAUCAGGGGAUUGUGGUACAAGAAAAAGAUAGAAAAUCCUGCUGUGAAAAAUACAAAAGCUGCUGAGGCCUUGUGUUUUGAAGAGGGUUCAAUGAUGGUACCCAAAACCAUACGAUAUUACAACAUGUCAACAUUGUUCAGAAUCAAAGAUUUUGGGUGCGAAAGUUUUAAAGUUAUUCAUUUAGUUAGGGACCCUCGAGCCGUCAUGAAUUCUCGCAUGGGCGUCUUCCAUGAAUUGUUCGAUGGGAAUAAAAACCUUGGGGCUCACAUUGAGUCUAAAAAGGGACAGGCAGGCUUUGAUGAAGCUUACAUGGCAAGGGCUGCAGAUUGGAUGUGCUCUCAUCACCUUUACAACUAUAAACUGGGAAUGAAUCCUCCGCCCUGGUUGAAAGGCAGAUACAAAAUGGUCAGGUACGAGGAUUUAGCAGAAUUUCCAUCACAAUUGACCAGCGAAAUACUUCAUUUUAUUGGUGUAAACUACACCUCCAAGUAUAAAGAAUACGUUUACAAUUUGACCCACGCAAAAGACCUAGGAAAAAAAGAAGGAAGCACGUAUGGUAUAGAAAAACAAUCCAGCGAAAUUAUUGACAGAUGGAAAAAGAAACUCAUUGAACCUCACUGGAGAACUAUUGAGACAGUUUGUGCAGAUAUGAUGAAAGCUUUUAACUAUGAACCUACGUUUUUCAAUAUAAAAGAUUGAUUUGAUCAUUAAAUUUAAAUUUU